UUGGUGCACCUUGGUGAGAUUGGUGCAACCUGGGUGCCCUUUGACGCAGCUUGGUGCGGUUUAGUGGAACUUGGUACAGAUUGGCGUAAUUUGGUGCCGAUUACUGCACUUUGGUGCAGAUUGGUGCAACUUGGUACUACUUGGUGCAGUUUGGUGUAACUUGGUGUAGUUUGGAGCAACUUGGUGGAGUUUGGUGCAGAAUGGUGUGGUUUGAUGCAAUUUGGUGCAGUUUAGUGGAACUUGUUGUGGAUUGGUGCAGUUUGGUGCAGAUUGGUGUGGUUUCAUGCAAUUUGGUGAAACUUGGUACUUUUUGUGCAGAUUGGUGCAACGUGGUGCCCUCGGGUACAGUUUGGUGCAACUUGGUGCCCUUUGGUGCAGUUCUUGCGCGUUUUGGUGCAGUUUAGUGGAACUUGGUGCGGAUUGGUGCAGAUUGUUGCAACUUGGUGCUUUUGGUGCAGUUUGGUGGAACUUGGUGGAGAUUGGUGGUGUUUGGUGCACUUUAGUGCAACUUGGUGCAGAUUGGUACAACUUGGGUGCUCUUUCGUGCAGAUUGGUGCGGUUUAGUGGAACUUGGUGCAGAUUGGUAGAGUCUGGCGCAAUUUGGUGGAGUUUGGUGCACAUUGUUGCAACUUGGUGCUUUUUGGUGCAGAUUGGUACAGUUUGGUACAACUUGAGUGCCGUUAGGUGCAGUUUAGUGCAACUUGGUGCAGACUGGUGCAACUUAGUGCACCUUGGUGCAGAUUGGUACAACUUGGGUGCCCUCUGGUGCAGAUUGGUGCGGUUUAGUGGAACUUGGUGCAGAUUGGUGGAGUUUGGGGCAGAUUAGUGGAGUUUGGUGGAGAUUGGUGCGGUUUCAUACAAUUUGGUGUAGUUUGGUGAAACUUCAUGCAGCUUGGUGCAGUUUGGUGCUUUUUGGUGCAGACUGGUGCAACAUGGUGCCCUCUGGUACAGUUUGGUGGAGCUUGGUACAACUUGGUGCAGUUUGGUGUAACUUGGUGCAGUUUGGAGCAACUUGGUGCAGUUUGGUGCAGAUUGGUGCGGUUUGA